AUGGGUUCGCGGCAGCAUCUCCGCGAUAUCAAAUCCGGUCCCCCACUUGACUACCAGGAUGAUAUCAGAGCUUACACGCGGGAGUACGCCGAGGCUCUGGAUGCACAGGAUCCUCUGCAUCAAUUCCGAGACGAGUUUAUCAUUCCAUCCAAGCAAGAUUUGAAGAGAAAGAUAUUAGCAGCAGACCAGAGCUAUGACGAAGCUUCCGAUGCGAGGUCCAUCUAUCUAUGCGGCAACUCUCUUGGUGUUCAGCCUCGCAGCACUCGACGAUACAUCGAGCAGUACCUGCGAACCUGGGCUACCAAGGGUGUAACAGGUCAUUUUGUACCGCAUGAAGAUGAAUUGCUCCCUCCAUUCGUCGAUGUUGACACUGCUGCUUCCAAUCUGAUGGCCCCAAUCGUGGGUGCUUCUCAAAAAGAAGUAGCUGUGAUGGGUACUCUCACUGCGAAUCUCCACUUCCUUAUGGCCAGCUUCUAUCAUCCAACAAGUGAGAAGUACAAGAUCAUCUUGGAAGGCAAAGCAUUUCCCAGUGACCAUUACGCAAUCGAGUCGCAGGUCCUGCACCACAAGUUGGACCCAAAGGAGGCUAUGGUUCUGAUUGAACCUGAGAACCCCGAUCGCCCAAUCCUCACUACCGACCAGAUCAUCAAGGUCAUCGAUGAAAAUGCCUCCAGCACCGCUCUGAUCCUCUUGUCUGCAAUUCAAUUCUAUACUGGCCAAUACUUUGACAUCCAACAAAUCACAGCCCAUGCUCACUCCAAGGACAUAUUGAUUGGCUGGGACUGCGCCCAUGCCGCCGGCAACGUCGAUCUACGUCUACACGAUUGGGACGUCGAUUUCGCAGCAUGGUGCAGUUACAAAUAUCUCAACAGCGGACCGGGCGGUAUGGCUGCAUUGUUUGUGCACGAGCGUCAUGGCCAGGUAGACAACGAGGAGACUUUCCGACCUCGACUGUCAGGCUGGUGGGGUAGUGAUCUCCAGACACGCUUUCAAAUGAACAACAAAUUUGUCCCCCAACCCGGCGCUGCUGGCUUCCAGCUUUCCAACCCCUCAGUCCUGGACAUCAACGCGGUGGUUGCCUCCCUUGAGAUCUUCAACCGUGUAACGAUGAAGUCGAUCCGGGGGAAAUCCCUUCGAAUUACUGGCUAUCUCGAGCAUUUAUUGCUCAAGUAUCCCCUGGAUGCUGCCCCAGAGGACAAGCCCUUCACUCUUAUCACACCAUCUAAUCCCACAGAGCGAGGCGCUCAGCUAAGCUUGCGGCUCCAGCCUGGACUUCUCGACCAUGUCUUGCACUAUUUGGAGGAGCAUGGCGUGGUCAUUGAUGAGAGGAAACCUGAUGUCAUUCGGGUGGCUCCUGCACCUUUGUACAAUACAUAUACCGAUGUGUGGGAGUUUUGUCAAAUAUUCUUGCAGGCCUGUCGGGAGGCUGUCAAGGCUCGAGGUUGA